UAAAACAAUUCGGAUUUACGGCUCCCUCAAAAUAUUUACCUACCGACAUAGACGCAGAAUUUAACACCGAUUUUGAUUUUUGGUUUGAAGAUGAUGCAACACCAAUCACACACCAACUCAAAUGGAUUUUACACAAGUGGCAUUGCACUAAUUUAUACAUGGCUUGGGAUUUUUAUCGUCAUGGGGAUCAUAUCAACCAUCAAAAGUAA